AUGUGUGCACCCCCGGUGUACGAGCCUACACCCAUCUGUGUAACCCUGGUGUACGACCCCACACCCAUCUGUGUACCCCCGGUGUACGACCCCACACCCAUCUGUGUAACCCUGGUGUACGACCCCACACCCAUCUGUGUACCCCCGGUGUACGACCCCACACCCAUCUGUGUACCCCCGGUGUACGACCCCACACCCAUGUGUGCACCCCCGGUGUACGAGCCUACACCCAUCUGUGUAACCCUGGUGUACGACCCCACACCCAUCUGUGUACCCCCGGUGUACGACCCCACACCCAUCUGUGUAACCCUGGUGUACGACCCCACACCCAUCUGUGUACCCCCGGUGUACGACCCCACACCCAUCUGUGUACCCCCGGUGUACGACCCCACACCCAUCUGUGUACCCCCGGUGUACGACCCCACACCCAUCUGUGUACCCCCGGUGUACGACCCCACACCCAUCUGUGUACCCACGGUGUACGACCCCACACCCAUCUGUGUACCCACGGUGUACGACCCCACACCCAUCUGUGUACCCACGGUGUACGACCCCACACCCAUCUGUGUAUCCCCGGUGUACGACCCCACACCCCGCCUCCAGGACGACCUGUACACGAGGAAUGUGCAAACGCAUCUCUGA